AUGUCACUAGAUGAUACCGUAUCCAAACAACUAGAAAUGAUGUGGAAGAUAGAGGAAGUACAAUCAGCUGAAAAAUCGUGGUCACCAGAACAAGCGAAGUGCGAGACCUCCUAUCAAGAAACAGUUCGACAAGCUAUGGACGGAAGAAUUGUAGUUCGAUUACCAUUUAAGGAACCACCAACCACCCUCGGUCUGACACACAGCAUUGCCUUGCGUCGACUUCUAGGUAUAGAACGACGCUUAUCAUCCAAUCCUGCAUUAAAACGCGAUUACUGGGAGUUCAUGAAACAAUAUCUGGAGUUAGGACAUAUGACGCGCGUCGAAGAUCCCAAAUUGAACGAACCGCAUUACUAUAUCCCUCACCAUUGUGUUCUGAAGCCUUCCAGCACGUCAACAAAGUUGAGAGUAGUUUUUGACGCAUCAUGUCCAACCUCAUCUAGUCGUGCGCUAAAUGACAUUUUGCUGGUAGGCCCUACCAUUCAGCCGGAACUAUAUCUGCUCCUUCUUCAGUUUCGUUUAUACCGUUAUGCUCUGACAGCCGACAUCGUAAAGAUGUUCCAACAAAGCACAGCAUCGACGCCGUUUUUAUCAACUAGAAGUUUACAAUAUUUGGCCGAUAAAUAUAAGGACAAAUACCCAUUAGGCUCUCCACUUCUUAAAUCGUCAUUUUUUGUGGAUGAUUUUAUUGGCGGAGCCGACUCCAGUGAAGAACUUGUCGAAAUUAAACAUCAACUGACUGCAAUUCUGAAGGAAGGUUGUUUUGAAUUGGAUAAAUGGCAUUCUAAUCAUGUGGAUUUUGUAAGCGACACUACAACGAAGAGUUGGGAUCUGGGUUCGGAUACGAUCACUAGCGCAUUGGGCAUCAAAUGGCAUCAACUUCAUGAUGUGUUUCUAUUCUCUUUCAAUGUCCCGAUUAGUCGUACGGUAACAAAACGUUCUAUUCUAUCACUGGCCUCAUCACUGUUCGAUCCUCUUGGGUUACUCGCUCCACUUGUACUUGUUUCAAAAAUUAUUAUGCAAGAACUCUGGCUGCUUCGUUUGAAUUGGGAUGAGUCAGUACCUCAAGCUCUUCACUCUGCAUGGGAAACGUUCGUUCAAGACCUCCAUACACUUUCUUCUAUGAAGAUACCGCGAUUUUGCCUAACAAUAGGCCCUCAACAAGUAGACAUCCACGGAUUUUGUGAUGCCUCAAUAAGAGCAUAUGGAUGUUGCAUUUAUCUUCGUUCUCAGGAUAAGUCAGGUAACGUGACAGUCAAACUAUUUACUGCAAAAUCCCGCGUAGCUCCGAUAAAGAGGAAAUCGUUGCCUAAGUUAGAGUUAUGUGGUGCGUUACUACUUGCCAGGUUAUUACAAAAAAUUCAGCCGACACUCGCUCACCUCGAAGGAGAAACAUUUUUUUGGACGGAUUCCCAAAUAGUUCUGCAUUGGUUGAAACAACAUUCCUCGACUCUGUCUGCCUUUGUAGGCAACCGUGUGGCUGAAAUCCAAGAUAUAACUCGCGCUGGUCAGUGGCAGCACAUAUCUACAAAAAUUAAUCCAGCUGAUAUUGUUUCUCGUGGUUGUACCAAUCGCCAACUAACGGAGUCUACGUGGUUCACUGGACCAGAAUUUUUAUUACGUGAAAGAAAACAUUGGCCUCAACCAGAACAUAGCAAUUUAGAUAUGGAAGUAGUCAAUAAGGAAAGAAGAAAACUUGCGUUUACUCAGGUAACUAAAGAAAAUUAUUUGCUGACAGUUAUAUCAAAGUAUGGCUCCUAUACUAAAAUACUACGAAUAGUAGCGCAACUACAUCGAUUCCAUCAGUUAACCAAGUAUAAAGAGAAAGCUGACGUAGAGUUCAUUCAACCUAUGCAAUUACAAAAAGCACUGCAUUGUAUUGUUUGGAUUAUCCAAAAUCAUUUUUUUUCUCAGGAUAUACAAGGCCUACAGCGAGGUAACCCAGUGGAAGGGUCACUUAAGCACCUAAACCCAUUCUUGGAGGAAGCGUCAGGUUAUCAACUCUUAAAGGUAGGAGGGCGUCUCGCACUUAGUGACAUUGCCAGGGGUCAGCGACAUCCGAUUCUACUGCCUAAAGGCUGUUAUUUUGUGGAAUUGUACGUUCGGCAUCUUCAUCUGAGCAACUAUCAUGCAGGAGCCAAGGCAUUAAUCGCCCUUACUCGACUUAAAUUUUGGAUACUAAACAUUCGCGAUAUUGCGCGUCGAACGGUUCGGUCUUGCAUUCACUGCGUGCGUUACAAACCGAAAUUGCUUGGUCAAAUAAUGGGUAACCUUCCUAUUGAACGCGUCACUCCCAGUAGGCCAUUCGCUCGUACAGCAGUAGAUUUUUGUGGGCCAGUAUUAACGUAUCUUGGUAUUCGGGGAAAAGCCCCAUUCAAAACGUAUAUAGCUAUCUUCGUCUGCUUAUCAACAAAGGCGGCACACAUCGAGGCAGUGUCAGAUUUAACUACGGACGCCUUUAUCGCAGCACUAAAAAGAUUGAUCGGCAGAAGGGGACUGCCAUCAGAUAUCUACUGCGAUAAUGCAACAAAUUUUGUUGGUGCUAGCAACAAGCUGGCUGACUUGAAAAACUUUUUAUUUAAUAAAACUAACCAAUCUAAUUUGCAGACUUUUUGCACCAACCAAUUCAUCAAUUUCAAUUUUAUACCGCCUAGGACGCCUCACUUCGGUGGGCUAUGGGAGGCGGCUGUGAAAAUUGCUAAGGGCCAUCUGAACCGAACCCUUGCAAACACUCGUCUUACGUUUGAGGAACUUGGAACAGUACUGAUUGAAAUCGAGGCCAUACUUAAUUCGAGACCAAUAUCACCGCUGUCUUGCGAUCCAAGCGACUAUGAUGCAUUGACACCAGCACAUUUUCUUAUCGGCGGCCCACUUAAGACAUUACCGGAAUCAACAUCUCAAUAUGAUAAAUUGCCACUAGCAGAUAAGUGGGUCCGUGUGAAGGCUGUAAAACAUCAUUUCUGGCGCCGAUGGGCUCGAGAUUAUCUAAACGAGCUGCAGACACGUACCAAAUGGACAAAGGAACAAUCAAACGUCAGCAAUGGAACAUUAGUAAUAAUCCACGAGGAUAAUAUGCCCCCACAACGUUGGCUGAUGGGAAGAAUCAUUCACUGUGUAAACGGUCCAGAUAAGCAUAUUCGCGUAGUCGAUCUGCAGACAUCCAAAGGAGUCAUCCGUCGACCAAUCCACAAACUUGCACUAUUGCCAGCUUGA